AUGGCCCCGUGGCUGCAGCUCUGCUCUGUCUUCUUCACAGUCAACGCCUGCCUCAACGGCUCCCAGCUGGCAGUGGCCGCAGGCGGCUCCAGCAGAACGCGGGGCGCCGACACCUGUGGCUGGAGGGGAGUGGGGCCGGCCAGCAGAAACAGCGGGCUGCAUAACAUCACCUUCAGAUAUGACAACUGCACCACUUACUUGAAUCCAGUGGGGAAGCACGUGAUCGCCGAUGCCCAGAACAUCACCAUCAGUCAGUAUGCUUGCCACGAUCAAGUGGCAGUCACCAUUCUUUGGUCCCCAGGAGCCCUCGGCAUUGAAUUCCUAAAAGGAUUUCGGGUAAUACUGGAGGAGCUGAAGUCAGAAGGAAGACAGUGCCAACAACUGAUUCUAAAGGACCCGAAGCAGCUCAACAGUAGCUUCAAACGAGCUGGAGUGGAAUCUCAACCUUUCCUGAAUAUGAAAUUUGAAACAGAUUACUUUGUAAAGAUUGUCCCUUUUCCUUCCAUUAAAAAUGAAAGCAAUUAUCACCCUUUCUUCUUCAGAACCCGCACCUGUGACCUGCUAUUGCAGCCAGACAACCUGGCCUGUAAACCCUUCUGGAAGCCUCGGAACCUCAACAUCACCCAGCACGGUUCAGACAUGCAGGUGUCCUUUGACCACGCACCCCAUGCCUUUGGCUUCCGUUUCUUCUAUCUUCAUUAUAAGCUCAAGCAUGAAGGACCCUUCAAGCGAAAGACCUGUAAACAGGAGCAAAAUACAGAGACAACCAGCUGCCUCCUUCAAAAUGUAUCUCCUGGGGAUUAUAUAAUUGAGCUGGUGGAUGACACUAAUAUGACAAGAAAAGUGAUGCAUUAUGCCUUAAAACCAGUGUAUUCCCAAUGGGCUGGGCCCAUCAGAGCUGUUGCCAUCACUGUGCCGCUGGUUGUCAUAUCGGCAUUUGCGACGCUCUUCACGGUGAUGUGCCGCAAGAAGCAGCAAGAAAAUAUAUAUUCACAUUUAGAUGAAGAGAGUUCUGAGUCCUCCACGUACAUCACAGCACUUCCCAGGGAGAGGCUCCGGCCACGGCCCAAGGUCUUCCUCUGCUAUUCCAGUAAAGAUGGCCAGAAUCACAUGAAUGUCGUCCAGUGUUUUGCCUACUUCCUCCAGGACUUCUGUGGCUGUGAGGUCGCUCUGGACUUGUGGGAAGACUUCAGCCUCUGCAGAGAAGGGCAGAGAGAAUGGGUCAUCCAGAAGAUCCACGAGUCCCAGUUCAUCAUCGUGGUGUGUUCCAAAGGCAUGAAAUACUUCGUAGACAAGAAGAACUACAAGCACAAAGGAGGUGCCCGAGGCUCGGGGAAAGGGGAGCUCUUCCUGGUGGCGGUGUCUACCAUCGCUGAGAAGCUCCGCCAAGCCAAGCAGAGCUCAUCCACGGCGCUCAGCAAGUUCAUCGCCGUCUACUUCGAUUAUUCCUGCGAGGGAGACGUUCCCGGCGUCCUGGACCUGAGCACCAAGUACAAACUCAUGGACCACCUUCCCCAGCUCUGCUCCCACCUGCAUUCCCAGGACCUCAGCCCCCAGGAGCCAGGGCUGCACCCCGGACGCAUUAGCAGGAGGAACUACUUCCGGAGCAAAUCGGGCCGCUCCCUGUACGUCGCCAUUUGCAACAUGCACCAGUUUAUCGACGAGGAGCCUGACUGGUUUGAGAAGCAGUUUGUUCCCUUCCAUCUCCCCCCACUCCGCUACCGGGAACCGGUUCUGAAGAAGUUUGACUCAGGCUUGGUUUUAAACGAAGUCCUGUGCAAGCCAGGGCCGGAGAGCGACUUCCGUCUCAAGGCCGAGGCCGCUGGCUCUGGGGCGCCGGCCGACCCGCACUCUGAGGGCCCGCAGUUCGGCCCGGACGAAGACGCGGAGGCUGGGCCCGUUCCGGGCGCCAGCGCGGUCCUGCGGCCCCUGCUGCACGCGGUGAAAGCUGCCGGCCCCUCGGACAUGCCACGGGACUCGGGCAUCUACGAGUCGUCCGUGCCUUCGUCCGAAUUGUCCCUGCCCCUGAUGGAAGGGCUCUCCACGGACCAAACGGAGACGUCUUCGCUGACGGAGAGCAUGUCGUCUUCAUCAGGCCUGGGUGAGGAGGACCCUCCCGCCCUUCCUUCCAAGCUCCUCGCCUCUGGGGCAUGCAAAGCAGAACCUGGUUGCUGCAGCUACACUGGUGAACUCCACACGGUCGCUCCUUUGUAA